AGUUUACGUUCGAGAUCUGAAAGAGACGAUUCAGCUGUCGCCGCAACCGCCCAUCGGCCAACGCCGGACUAUAUAUCUCUCUCCCUGAAUCGUGAAUCUAGACUUCCAUUUCGUUUUCCGGCGAAUCCGACGGUUUCGUAUCUCCUUCAAUAUUCGCAGGUGAUCGAUCUAGUAACGAUUCAGUAUUCGUGCAUGUGAUCUAUAUGACAGUUGAUAAACAGUUGGAUUUCGAACCACGCGAAUCAUAUGGAUAAAAAUAAGAACCGUACCGAUCUGCUCGCUGCUGGUCGGAAAAAGCUUCAACAAUUCCGGAAGCAAAAAGAUACUAAAGGAAGUAAAUCGUCAGGUAAAAGUGGUAAACAUGAUCAUGCUGAUGCUGACCGUCCUACAGUGGAGGAAGUUAAAUCAGUAAAUGAAUCUGAUGAUAAGGCGGUUGUCUUGCCAGUUACAGUGGAUACCAAAGACGAUGAUAAUAGUCUUAUGCCUGCAGUUGCUAUAAAUGAUGACAGUAUUAUUGUGGCUGAUUUGCCAUCAGAGAAUACAGGAGUUGUUGACUCCUCGUUGAAUACAAACAUUAGCAAACAAGGUACUGAUAUUGUUGCUCAAGAUGAUACGGUAUGCUUUUUUGAUGCUGAGGAUGUGGUCCCUGAAGAAACUAAAGUAACUUUUGGCACGGUUCUGCAUGAUGAUAUCACUGUUUCACGUGAACUAGAGGUCACUGAUGGGGCAGAUCAGGUAAAGGAUAUAGGGACGAUUCAGGAAGUUGACCAUCCAGUUUCUGAGAAAACCAAUGAAGGUGUUAGCUUAAAGCUCAAAGGGGAUGCUUCUUCUGACAAUCCUAUACCAGAUGGGAUGACUGAACCUGAAUCAGUAGCAACAAUUGAAGAGAAAGUAAUGAAGGAGCAACAUUUUCAGUUGGAUCCGAUUGAUGAGCUGAAUGCUGUACUCCCACCAUCUGGAACGACCAAUGAGGUAGAACAAACUCAAAUAAUAAACGUGGGAUCACUUCCAGUUCUGGUUUUGUCGGAGUCAUGCGGAUUUUUACCUGCCGAGAAUGAAGAGUUAUUAGUUACACAAGGAGAUGCAGAGGCAGGUUUGGCUGAUGAAGACAUGUUGCAAAAGCAUUUGGACGAGCAAUUUCAUGUGAAUAUGAACAUGAUAGAACAUAAUAAUGGAGGCUUAAGGAGUCAUUUAGAUAUCACAGAGCAUAUAUCAUCGGAUCUAUUGCACAGACUGACAGAACACUUGUAUCUUGCAUAUUUUUCCAGGGAUGUCUGUCUGUUGAAACUCAACGAACAAUCAGAGUGGCAAAAAGAGCAUGACCAUAAACAUAUCCAGUUGGUUAAUGAGAAUUAUGUUUCCAGCGCUUUGGUCAAUAAUGUUCAGGGGCAGAAUAAAAGUCUAUCUGAAGAGCUUGAACAGUGCAAAUCUGAGCUUCAGUCCAUCAGUUAUGCUAGGAAGGAGUUGGAUGAUCAAUUUCUUGCUUCCAGGACUCAGGUGGAUGAUUUGUCUAUGAAGGUUAAUGAAUUGAAUUUGAAGCUGGAUAAUUCAAGAGAUGAGUUGUCAAACAAGUCAGCAGAAUUGGCUAGUUCAGCGGCUUUGUUGGAAGCUUUACAGAUUGAAAAUGCCAAUUUGAGAGAAAAUAUGACAUUUGCAACGGUGGAGAACAAAAAAUUACUUGAUGAUAAUUUAAAUUAUGGUGAUGAACGUGAAAAGCUCUUGGAAGAUUUAACUAAGCAUAAUGGGUAUUUGACAUCAUUACUUGUUGAAAACAUAAAUCUAAAUGUAAACUCUGCAUCAAUAGUGGAGGAGUUAAGGUGUCUGGAGGAUUUAAAAGUUGAUAUUAUGCAUCAAAAUGAGAAUUUGCUAAGCGAGUUGGCAGAGUUUAAAGCUACAUUGGAAACCGUUCGGGAUGAAAAUGCCACAUUAAAUGGAAGGCUCUCUUUGGCAGCCCAGGAGAAAAUAAACCUUGAGAGUGACAAGGAUUAUUUUGCUCGGGAAGUUGAGAAACUUGCAUUAUUGUUAGCAGAUUGCAAAGGUUCAUUAGACAGUUCAGAGGCUGAAAAUAUAAAUUUAAAAGAGAACAUCACUCUUGUAGUUGAUGAGAGAAAUAAGAUCCAAGAAGACAAUGCUAAGUUUAACUCGGAGAAUGAAAAACUGUCCUUGGACUUGGCCGAUAUUCGAGGUGUACUGGAAAGUUUACAAGAAGAUCAUAACAAGACAAUGAAUGAGCUAAAAGAAGCAAAUGUCCAUCUUCAUCAACUUGCCGAGGAAAAUAUUGGUCUCAACAGAAGCAUAGACGAGCAGAAAUCUGAAACUAAGCACUUCUCUAACAGUGUGUUAUCUUCAGUUGGGCAGCCUGAGAAACUUGUUCAGGGUUCUGAUGUAUCGUUUGGAGACCAAAUAAGUGGUGCAGAUGAAGAGCAGCAUCAUAGCGAUAAUUUUGUUAAUGGUUCAUCUCUUGAUCGUCUUAUGUUAAAUAUCGACGAAAGGUCCCCCGCGUUUGUCAUCCUGAAAAGGCACAUAGAUGAGGCUGUUGGUUUGGUCCAGAGAUUCGACAGAACUAUUGAAGAGAUGAUUCAUAAUUCAGCAUCUAUGAGCAGGUCAGUUCCGAAGAAGGUUGUUCCAGAUGUAUCACGACUGAUUCAAGCCUUUGAAUCCAAGGCUAAUACUGAUGAACAUGAUGCAGAAGAAACACCUUUGACUGAAAACCGGUUGUUGGCAGAUUCAUAUAAUUUAUUGAGGGAGCAAACACGAAGUCUUAAGGGAAUUCUGGAGGAAGUGAACUUGGAUGCUGCAAAAGCCAGUCAAUUGUUAAAUGAAGAGAGGGAAAAAAGGAUUGUGGCUGAGUCUGCAGUUAAGGAUCUCAGUAUUAGCUAUAAUACUUUGAAGGACCAUAGUGAAAGCUCAGAAGCUGUAAGCAUCGAGCUUCUUGUUCUUUAUGAAAUUCUCAAACAACUUAUUUCUGACGCGGCAACUAAAGAUAGCGAGGUUUUGACUCUUUUUCAAACUUUAAGGCACCAAUGGAUGAUUCAUGAAGUAAAGAAUGGUAAGCUGGGUGAAAAGCUUAUGGACUACGAGUUACGUGUUAAUGACUUGCUGAUGCAGCUGGAUGAAGCGAACUCAAAAUCCACUGCAAUGGAAUCCUCAUUCUCUAAUGAAGUGGAAGUUCUGCAUAAAGAACUGUCUGAUAGGGUAUUCUCAUGUGAGCAAGAAUGGAACUCUACUGUUGCCCAGGUUAUUGAGAAAGUAAGGAAGCUUGAGUAUGCAGUAGUAAAUACAGCUUCGCCGAUGCUCCCUAUGAACAAUCAUGAUGCCAUAAAUGUUGUAGACUUUGUGUCUGUUUCUGUUGAUGCUGCUUCAGAGGUGAUUGCGAGUCUGCAAGAGAAGGUUGAAACUUCAAAUAAAGAUAGAGAUGCCAUUUUAAAUUUAUACCAGGACUUGAGCCAAAAAUUUGCUGACCUUCAUGAUAGAAACAAGUUAUCUAUUAGUGUGUUAGGCAAUAUUUAUAGUACUCUGGGGAAAUAUGCAAGUGGUUCCAUUGAAAUAGAGCAAUUUGCGCCAGAAGACCAGAUUCUUGAAGGUCCUUUAUUUCCUGUUAAGUGUGAUACCCUUGUGGAACACCUGGAGACGGCAUUGAGGGAGAGGCAAGAGCUAGAAUCUAUUAACAAGGUACUCAAUUCUGAGCUGAAGAAUACAACGAAAGUUAUUGAGGAGCUGAAGGAAAGAUCUCUCGAUUCAGAUAUGGUUCGCCAAAUGGUUGAAGACGUUGAAGAUGCUUUUCCAGUUGAGUAUGCAGAGACUGAAUCAACUAAACUUGAAUUACGUCUCCGAUCUUUGAUUUCUUGGCUUCUCAAGAAACUUGAAGAAAAUAAGCAGGGUGAUUUGUCUGAAAGAGCCUUUGUCUCCAAGGAACUUGAGUUGACUGAGUUGCAUGGUCAAAUAGAUCAGUUAAGUUCCAUGAUUGCUGAACAUGAAAAUGAUAAUUUCAUUUUUAAGGAAUGUUUAUCACAGGCAUGGCGUGAUCUUAUUGCUACCCGUUCUAAGGUUCUGAAAAAAAUAAAUGAACUUGAACAGUCAGAACAUCGUGUAUCUUCUAUCAGAGAAAAGCUUAGCAUUGCAGUUUCUAAGGGAAAGGGUCUGAUUGGGCAGCGUGACAGUCUGAAGCAGUCCCUUGCAGAGAUGUCAAGCGAAUUGGAGAAAUAUUCUCAGGAAUUACAGUUGAAAGAUGCCAAGAUUAGGGAGCUUGAAACUUAUUCUGAGGCUGGUGAGAGGAUGGAAGCUUUGGAAUCUGAACUCUCCUAUAUUCGUCACUCAGCUACUGCAUUAAGAGAAUCGUUCCUCCUGAAGGACUCUAUACUUCAGAGAAUAGAAGAAAUUCUGGAAGACCUGGAACUUCCGGAACACUUUCAUAGUAGAGAUACCAUUGAGAAGGUUGAUUGGAUAGCUAGUCUAGUACAAAGGAACCUGUUGCCUCCUGCAGAUGGGGAUACAACAAGUGCUGUUGGAGGAGGGUCUCAUUCAGAUGUUGGUUUGCCUGUGAUGGAUGGUUUGAGUGAAGAUGCAGAAAGAGCCUCACCUUCAGAUGAUGAUCUGAGGAGAAAAUUUGAUGAGCUUCAAAGUAGAUUUUAUAGCCUAGCUGAACAUAAUGAAAUGCUGGAAGAAUCCUUGAAGGAAAGGAAUGGUGAUUUGCAACGGUGGGAAGAGAUUUUGGACGGAAUAAAUAUGCCAUUGCAGCUACGAUCGAUGGAUCCUGAAGAUAGGUUUGAGUGGUUGAGAGGAGCCCUUUCUGAGUCUCAGCACCAUUGUAAUUCGCUACAGCAGAAGGUUGGCAAUUUUGAAAUCCUAUGCCAGACAUUGACGUCUGAUCUUGAAGAAUCACGAAAGAGCAUAUCCGAUCUUCAGUUCAAUUUCCAAUCUGUUACUCAUGAGAAAGACCAUCUUUCUCAUAGUUUGGGGACUCUAAAACAAGAUUAUGAUUUGGCCUUUGAGAAGGUGGCCCAAUUUGAGCUUGAGAAUGGGAAGUUGCUCGAAGAGUUAAAUAGUUUACAUGAGAAAUUGAUUGAAUUUGAAGAAUCGAAAAUGAGCUUAUCUAAGCUUCAGUUGACUAUCCAAGAUGUUAUUCAUGAGAAAGAGCAUCUUUCUGAUAGUUUUAAGACUGUUAAACAUGAUUUAGACAUGGCUUCUCAAAAGUCUCUCCAACAUGAACUUGAGAAUUAUAAAUUACAAGAUGAGUUAACAGCUUUGAAUGAGAAACUGGUCAAAAAGGUUCAGACAGAGGACCAAAUUCAGUAUAUUGAAGGGAAGCUAAAAGGAUUGCAAGAUUUAGUCAAUGAUGUAUUGCCGGACUCCGAUGAAGAUUCAGUUGAUGAUUCUAGCCAUGUUCAGCAUCUGGAGAGAUCAUUGAGGAAGCUAUUAGAGAAAUAUUCAUCAGCUUCACAAAACCUUACUCAGACAGAGGACCAAAUUCAGUAUAUUGAAGGGAAGCUAAAAGGAUUGCAAGAUUUAGUCAAUGAUGUAUUGCCAGACUCCGAUGAAGAUUUAGUUGAUGAUUCUAGCCAUGUUCAGCAUCUGGAGAGAUCAUUGAGGAAGCUAUUAGAGAAAUAUUCAUUAGCUUCACAAAACCUUACUCAGACAGAGGACCAAAUUCAGUAUAUUGAAGGGAAGCUAAAAGGAUUGCAAGAUUUAGUCAAUGAUGUAUUGCCGGACACCGAUGAAGAUUCAGUUGAUGAUUCUAGCCAUGUUCAGCAUCUGGAGAGAUCAUUGAGGAAGCUAUUAGAGAAAUAUUCAUUAGCUUCACAAAACCUUACUCAGACAGAGGACCAAAUUCAGUAUAUUGAAGGGAAGCUAAAAGGAUUGCAAGAUUUAGUCAAUGAUGCAUUGCCGGACACCGAUGAAGAUUCAGUUGAUGAUUCUAGCCAUGUUCAGCAUCUGGAGAGAUCAUUGAGGAAGCUAUUAGAGAAAUAUUCAUUAGCUUCACAAAACCUUACUCAGGUUGAUUCUCACAAUGAGGAACUCACAGGGACUUGUAAUGACAGAUCGAUUCUACAUGGAGCAGAAGAGGAUGAUGUAUUAUCAUUAUCUAUAAAGAAAGAGCUUGAAGAGGCUUUGCAUGAUUUGAGCAUAUUGAAGGAGGAGAAAGAGAGAUGUCUUGCUGACAAUCAAGCACUUAUCCUUGACAUUGAAGCUUUAAAUAGGAAAAAGCUUGAAUUGGAAGAGCUACUACGUCAGGAGGAGCAGAAGUCAACCACUGUGAGAGAAAAGUUAAAUCUUGCUGUCAGGAAAGGUAAGUCACUGGUACAACAUCGAGAUAGUCUCAAACAAGGUCUUGAUGCAGCAAACUCUGAGCUGGAACGCCUGAAAAGUGAGGUUACCUAUAAUCAAAAUGCUGUUAUCGAGCUUGAGAAGAAAAUCAAGGACUUGUCUUCUUCCCGGGAGAAGCUAGAGCUUGUAGAAUCUGAGAAUUCAUUCCUGAGAAAUCAAGUGGCAGAAACUGAUAAUUUAUUGCAGGAGAAAGCACAUUCUUUAAACUUGAUUUCCUAUGCUUUGAAUAACAUUGAUGCUGAUUUCAAUCUUGACGAUAGCAACCUAGUUCAAAAGCUGGAACAAAUAGGAAAAAGAUGGAAUGACUUGAGUGCUGCUCUGGCAUCUUCUCAACAUGAUUCACAGAAAUCUAGAAGAGCUGCUGAGUUACUCCUUGCAGAAGUGAACGAAGUCCAAGAAAGAAAUGAUGGACUGCAGGAAGAGUUGGCAACAGCUGCAAAUGAGAUUUCAGAAUUAUCUGCUGCAAAAGUUGAAGCUCUCUCACAUCUUGAGAAGUUAUCUGCUGUUCAAGCCGAGGACAAGAAUAAGCAAUUUUCUGAAAUGAUGGUGUUUAAGGCUUCUUUAGAUCAACUUGGAGAGGAGUUCUCUAUCAUAUAUGAUCUGCUAAAUGAUGCCCUUACUAAUGAUGUAGAACAUCUGCAUAACCUAAAGGCCAACAUAUUGUCAUGUGCGGAAUCUGAUUAUGCUUUCACUGAUUCAAGUAGCUUUGUUGCCUCGGAGUCAGGAAAGAAGGAUUAUGUGGUCACCAAGUCAAUGAAGGAUGGGAAUAGUUUUGCCGAAUAUUAUACUUAUAUGGGGAAUCAGUUACAAGAAUUAAAGAAACUAACUGGCACACUUAAAGGAAGAUUAGUCAACCAUAUAGCCGCAUUUGAUGACGGAGUUAAGCAAUCACUUGAAGCAGCAGACAUUGUUCAUAAACAACUGGCUUCAUAUAAAGAGUCAUGUGAAUCCAUGAAGGACAGUGUUGCCAGAUUACAAAGCAUUGCAAACGAGAAAGAUACUACAUCUACAAUAAUGCGCAAAAACAUUUCCUUGCUUUUUGAAGCUUGCAGAAGAUCAAUCUCUGAAAUGGAAAAUUUGAAGCUUCACAUAAUGGGUAAUAAUGGUGAUAGUACUCCAAACUCGAGGGUCAGCUUGGAGUCAACAACAUAUGCGGACUCUGGAAACAUGCUUGGAGGAGAGAUUCCUUGGUCCAAUGAAGGUUCUGUUGGCACUAUUGCUGAUAGAUUGUAUCAAGUUGUGAAAGAUUUUUCUCAUAUGCAAGUUGGUAUUAUCGAGAAAAGCCAAAAGGAAAUGAAAGUUACUAUCACAAACUUACAGAAAGAGCUUCAAGAGAAGGACAUCCAAAGAGACAGAGUUUGUGCUGAACUAGUCAGUCAGAUUAAGGACGUCGAUGCUGCUGCAAGGAGUCACUUGCACAAUCUUAAAUCUGCAGAGCUUGAAAUAAUUGAUUUGAAAGAGCGUCUGAGGGUCACAGAGGAAGGGCGUAAUUUAUUGGAAAGGAGAGUCGCAGUGCUACAAGAUGGUGAGGCCACCUCCAGGGAGUUGGUGGAGAAAGUUGGUUCACUGACUAGUGCUCUGGCGGCAAAGGACCAAGAGACUGAGACACUAAUGCAAGCUCUUGACGAGGAGGAGAUCCAAAUGGAAGACCUUAGGGUUAAGAUUGAGGAUCUGGAAAAGGUUAUACAGCAAAAAAACAUGGACAUCGAGAACCUUGAGGUUUCCGGGGGAAAGGUGAAAAAGAAGCUUUCCGUCACAGUGAGUAAGUUUGAUGAACUUCAUCGGCUAUCAGAAAACCUGCUUUUGGAGAUUGAGAAACUGCAAUCACAAUUACAAGAACGGGAUUCAGAGGUCUCUUUCUUAAGACAAGAGGUCACUCGAAGCACAAACGAGUCUCUAGUUUUAUCACGAACAAACAGUAAAGUGAACUCAGAGAUCCACGACUUAUUGACUUGGUUGGACACAACUAUGGCUAAAGUGCUGGUCAAUGGUGUUAACUCUUACGAUGAUGAUGCGGAAAAGCAUGAUGAACAAAAAGAAUUGUUGAAGAAACAUUUUGCAUUACUCGUAUCUGAAGUGGAAGAAUUACGGGCUGCAGCUCAUAUCAAUGACACAUUGUUACAUGAGGAGAGAAGUAAAGUAGAAGAGUUGACACAUAGACAGGAAAGUCUUGAGAGUUCUUUACAUACAAAAGAAUCUGAACUGACAAUACUUCAAAAGGGGGUUGAUCUGGGGCAUGCAACCGAUACUGUUUCUGAGAUUGUGGAGGUGGAACCAUUGAUAAACAAGUGGACAACACAGAGGCCUUCCACUUCAUCCCAAGUUCGGAGUUUGCGCAAACCCAACAAUGAUCAAGUUGCAAUUGCUAUAGAUGCUGACCAGGCUACAAAUGAGAUUCGGGAAGAUGAAGAUGAUGAUAAAGCCCAUGGUUUCAAGUCUCUGACUACAUCAAGGAUCAUUCCUAGAUUCACAAGACCUCUGACAGAAGUUGUUGAUGGUCUAUGGAUGUCAUGUGACCGAGCGUUGAUGCGACAGCCUACGUUGCGCCUUGGUGUCAUCAUCUAUUGGGCUCUUUUACAUGCCCUUCUUGGCGCACUUUUGUAGUGCUAGAUGAGACUCAAUUAGGAGUUCUGAAGAAAAAAAAGAUGAAGAUACAAAUAGAGUUAUGUGUACAAUUCAUUUGUUAUAAUAUUCUUAUAAAACUUAGAUCAUGUUUUAGGCCAGUUUGAAGAAGUAAAGUAAGAUGCAAUUUUUUCUGCCUUUUUAUAACUUUUGUGUGGAUUUGUAAAAUCCUAGACAAUCAACUGGUCCAUAUAUAAUAAGAAACAUUAUUUUCUUCAAA